GGGGAGUCGAAGGUAGGAGAAGAAAAAAGAUGAUCUUGGGGUUAGUGAGUGGGGUGGAAUUGGGGCCAUAUAUACGGGUGGCGAGCGCCUAAGCUCUCCUUAGUCCAUCCAAGACUGUGUGGCAAGCGUGUGUACUUUGUUUCUUGUUGGUGUAGAUACGCGGCGAUUCCGCGCCAUUCGCACAUCUCUCUCUCUUGCUCUCCUCCUCCGUGCACUCUGACACCUGCUGCUUUCUUCUGCAUGAGGACCGAGGACCCCACAUCCAGCGUGCAGUUAGAGUCCACCUUCCGCACGCUGCUCCAGCCAGCACUCACACACACCAGGAGUACCUAGUGAACAGUUGUUGCAGUUUGUGUUGACAUUGCUUACAUUUAUGAGAAUAUGUCAAUUUUAUCGUGUAGUUUGUUAACAUCGUCUAGUUUGUAACUUGUUGAUCGGGAUAGUUUCCGUUUUAUUCGGCGCGAGUGAUUGUUCACCUAUCAAGUCACCAUGAUACUUAGGGUGACAUUACUUCUGAUUGGUGUGAGCGUUCUUUACAACAGUGUGUCUGCUGUAACCUCUCCACACAUAGCAGCUGACUUCCCAUCGCACAAAAACUGGAAUGGAGGCCAUCUUCAAACGAGACCCGUAUACAAGGGAGGAUCUGACAGCUCUCUGGCACAGAGAAUAGCCAGGUGGUUCUGGUCACCUGACAGUGAUGAUGACGACUAUGAUGAAGGAGGUCAUCGCCCUCUCAGAGUCAAAGUUAAUAGUGGACCAAAACCACCACUGCAAAAUCAUCAAGGUCCUCAAAUCCGGCAAAUUCCCCAGAAUCAUCCUACUCAACAAAAUCAUCAACUUCAUCAGAAUAAUCAAGUUCAACAAAACCAUCCAGUCCAGGCAAGCAAUCCUCCCUCUGAAAAGAAGGUGGAGCAAUCCAAGUCAAUAAAAGGGAGCUCAUCAAAUCUAUUUCAAUUCUGGGCAUCUCCAAAUCAAAAGCAAUCAUCAAACUCCCAUUCAAACUCCAAUUCUGGCUACCGUUAUGGGGCUGGCCGAUCAAAGGACAACUGCAAUCCUUGCAAUGAGUUUCCAUGGGUACCUGUUGCACGAUCCCUCCCAAUGGUUCCAGCUAUCUUAGCCAAUCAUGGAAAUGAUCAAUACUCACUCACUAUUCCAGCAGUUAGUUUGCAUUAUGGCCCACCGAACUCUCAAUCUUCAUCUGGUACAAAGCCAAUACCUUCUUAUGCAGCACCACCGCCACAACAACAUCAGCCCCAGCAACAACAACAUCAGACACAACAACAACAUACACAACAACAACAUACACAACAACAACAACAAUAUCAUCAACUAAAACAACAACUAUCACAGCCAAACUCAUCAAACAAACCAAGCCAGUCAUUUAGCUUGGACUUUGGAGGAAAGCCACCUCCUCCACCACCGCCACCACCAUCAUCAUCAUCAUCACAAUCCACAUACAUACCUGCAGCUCCACAAAAGACAAGACUUCCUCCAAUGACAUAUGGCAUUCCCAUUGACAUUGCAAAAAUACCAUUAACAUAUGCUAGCCCUUCAGCAAAUAACUAUCCUGUUCAACAAACAUCUUAUUCAUCAAAUGUACCAAAGAAAGUGAAUGCUCCAGCUCUGAUCCAUCCACCAAUACCUUUUCCAGCAUUAAGCCAUGGAGCACUUCCACCUUUACACCCCCCUCAGCCAUUCACCUCGGCCAAGGCAAACUCACAUUCAGGUGGUCUGAGUGCCUACCUCAGGCCUCCAGCAGCACCAGCUGGUGGACCAGCACCCAUAACCCAAAGCCAUUCACUAUCAUCUUCAGACCAUGGUGAUUGUGGUAAGUGCAGACCUAGCUCCACCUAUGCUGUAGAGGAUUCAGUGGCUGCAUCUGCUCAGCAUCAAGAGACUGGACACAAAAUCCAAGCUAUUCCCAACACCCCCGCUGUUGAAGUUAUGAAGAGUGUUCCAGUUGCUGAGUAUAUAUCAUCAAUUGAGUACCCUAUGCAGAUUGUUCAAGCCCCUAUUGUUGAUAUUAAUGGGCUACCACAAUACUUCAAUCUGCAAUUCCCCACACAGAAUGGACAGAGUUUUCUUCAACACAGUGGACAUGCUUUAUUUGUGAAUCAUGCUCUCAAUACUAAUGACAUAUCAAGUGAUGCCUCAAAUCCUUCCACAACCCCUCAGCCUGCAGAUAAUAUCAUUUCAGCAAGUUCAUACAAAAACCAACUACAAUCCCAAGAGAAAAGUGUUGGAAAGAGUUCAUCUCUCUCAUCAACAAUCAAGCAGGACAGCUCAACAGUUACCACUACUUCACCAAAAACCACAUCAUACUAUACAAGUGCACCUGAUCUCCUACCUCCACUACAAGAUCCACCUCAGCAAUUCUUCAAUGGAUAUAAUACCUCCUCUUUGGAACAACAGUCUAAUACACAGAUUAAUGGUGUGCCACCCUCUAGUAUGCGUUAUUUGAAUCCACCUCCCUUGACACCCACACAAUCCACUCUAAAUUGGAUAACAGGAAGCACAAUCUCUAGUACUCAGAUACACUCAUCAACUCCCACAAAUCAACCCAGAUUUUCUUCCACGCGCCCCUCAAUACCACCAUCAACACAGGCAUCCAAGAGACCAAAACAAAUUCAUCAAAUAAUUGUGCCAUAUACUACAAGGAAUGUGAAAGGAGUUAGCAAUGCAAAUGAGCCUGGCUGGACACCUGUCCCUCCACAAGCAAGGAAGGUUCCCCAGCCAAUACAGAAUUUCAGGAUUGAAGUGCCCCAACAAACAAGAAAUAUCUCAUUUGGUGACAUUCAUGGACUACAACUUGGUGGUACAGAAAUAAUCAAAUCAAUACCAUUGAGUGCUACUGGAUCCGAAAAUGUUGGACAGUUCAAAAUACCAGGGAUUGAAGAAGGGCUCACUCCCGAACUAAUUUCUCAACUGCUAAAAUUGGAAGAUGGUAAUAACCACAAUAGUUUGAGGGCAAUGGCUCAUCCAGGAGACAUCCAUCAUGUUGUGGCUGCUAAUCUGAGAGCACUUCUCCGUGGAGAAGAAGAUGCUGUUGAUUUCAAUCGCCUUCAGAAGAAUAUUGACAACUGGACAGCUGAAGGAUAUAAAACUAAUGCUCCACCAGAAAACUUUCAGCCUCUAACCACCCUUUCACACUUGUCACCUUCAAAAAAUAUACCUGAGGAAUAUUUCACAACACCUUCAAUAUUCACAAGCAAUUCUAAUGAUGAUGAAGUCUACGAAACAUCAGGAAGUCAAAACCAUCCUGUAAGAUCAAUUUUGAAGCCACAUACAAAAGACAAUCAAGAUUCUGCAUCUGACAAUUAUAAUAGUUGGUCUCUUCUAGAUACAAAGUUGAAGGCUACAGUUAUUACAACACAGGUAACACCAACAGUUUCUGAAACAACACCUUCUACCACAGAAGUACCUAAAUUGAAAAAGAAUAUCAUCAAAUUCCAUCCUCAAGCAGUGCCAUUCAAUUCCCAACAGAAAACAGCAUCACUUGCCUCUUCAACCCAGCGUCUGACUCCAUCAUCAACUACAACUGAGUCAACAGUGAUAGACACUACUCAACCAACAUCAAAAGCUUGGGAGCAAUUACAAGUUUCAAUCUCUCCACUGACCAAAGAGAAGGUUUAUGUUGUCACUCCUCAGCCAGUGGACUCAGGAGAGCCAACCACUGCUACCGACACAUCUGAGCAAAGUACCAUGUCCAUUUCAUCAACCAGAGUCGACAAAACCUAUUCUGUCGAGACUGCCAGGAGAACAACAAGAUAUCUUCAUGAUGGCAUUGAAAGCCAAACAAAGACACAGGCUAAAGCCUACACUCUAAAACCAAAUCGUCCAACACUACAAUAUACAAACAUAAGAAGAGCAAAAGGAUCUCCAAGUACAUUGAAAGAUUCUUCAGAAACUCUUGAUCCAAUCAAUAGAAGUAACUUUGGAGUGAAACAGUCCUCAGAUGACAAAGGAAGUCGAUCGAGGAGAAUGCAAGACGAAGAAGGGUACUUCCGAUUUUUUCCCGAGCUGAUGAAAGCCAGCGACAUUGGAGAAGAAGCGGAAGUCGAUCAAGUCAGGAGGGUUGCCCUAGAGUUGAAGAAAGAAGGCUCAACGUGAAAAAUCUCUAAUCAUAGACUUUAUACAUGAACAAAUAUAUGACAAUUCCUAUGCUUUUGCUAGCAUCAUGAAGUGCAGUGAACGUGAAAUUGACAAUCAGGUGAAAACGGUGUGAAUGAUAAAAAACUGCAUAACAACUAAGUAAUGAUAUUUCAAUGUUAAAGUGUUCAUUGUGUGUAGAUUCAUAUUUAUUAGCAUGAGGAGACAGCGUGUAGUGACUAUUGACUAUUACUGUACACCACUAAUGUCUUAAAAAGUAUCAAAAAUAGAACAGUACCACCCAAAUUGCAGAAACUUCCAUGUAAUUAUCCAACUCACUAGAGAAUAAGAUCAAUGAUAGAUAGUCAGUCGAGUGAAUGAAUUUAUUAGAGUAUGUAUUAUGUAAUUAUACGUGUUGUGAAUGUUUGUAUACUCAAGAAUUUUCCCAACCAGUGAAUGAGAAUUGGGGACAGUAAUAAUAUAAUCAUUAAGGAAAAGAAAAUCCACUUUUCUUACAGAAAGUUUUUCAAAUCAAUAUUGAAUUCUCAUGAAUAUAAGAAUCCAAAUUUCACAAAUUGAAAACAUAAUCUAACAGUAUCAUGAUUUUAAAGAAAGCAAACAAACUCCACAAAUGAUAUAUUUUAUUUUAAUAAUUUUAUUUAUAUUGGGAUAAUAUUGAGUCAAUAGAGAUGAAUAUUGGUGUCUACUAAAUAACCAAUAAAUUAAUAUCCGUCUUAUGCAUAUUCAUUAGAUAAUCGAAAGAAGUGUACAAGCCUUGAGGAAGAUUGAAUUUGACUGUACAGAAUAUUUCCUCUUAAAUAUUAUAGGUACCUAAAAAUAAUAUUAGGUUAAAAUGUGAGUUAUAAAAUCACAUUACUUAGGUUUUCUUUAGAAAUAUAAUAUCCAAAGAUCUGUUCAUAGUGGGAACUUGAUUAAAUAUUCUUCUUCAAAACUGAAAAAUAUUACUUUUAAUUGACGAAAACAAGAUUAAGAUCCUCCAAUCAGAACAAAGGAACUUCAGCAUUCAGUAUUCAAAAUAGUUUCAAGCAGGUGGAGUAUGAUUGUCAGAAUAUUGUUAAUUAUUGUCAUCAUUACCUAUUUUCUAUAUCCACAUAACCUCCUCAAAUUAUUUCUUUGCAACUUUCAUUAUUUUACAAUUUUUCAAAGAAUAAGGUAUAUUAAAGAGUAGUUCUAGUUCCCAAUCUGAACUUUCCUUUGUAGAUCAGUCCUUUAUAAUGAUGGUUGAAGAAUGCUAAACUCAUUGUUUUUAUUUUCAGCACAAUUCUAGAUUAUUUAUUACUGAUUUUUCUGUGUUUAAAUCAUCUUACAUUUAAUAUUUAUUAAUACGAAGUCAAAAUGGUGUUCUCAUUCUCAUUUAAUUAAUCAGAAUUGUUAUAGGUUAUUAUAAUCAAUUUAUGUGUCUGAUAAUGUACCUUUGUGACAAAAUAUAUUCAUAUUCUAUUAGUAGGAUAAGCUAUAUAAAUAAGGAUUCUCUGUUCCAAAUAUUUAUUUGCAAUUUUAGAUUUUUCAGUUCAAAAUAUUCAUUUCCGAUUUAAAUUUUUCAGUUUAACUCGUAUAAUGUCAACGAUAUAGAUUGAAAAGAUCCUUUUUUGAAAUUGAUAAGUGAACAAGUGCAAAACCUAGGAUUUUUCAAAUUCACUUCAAAUAUCAUAUUUGUGUUACAAUCAUUAAUUGAAAUGAAUGCCAGACUUUCAGAAUUGUAACUGGGCCGGGACUAUUAUAUUCUAAGCCAGAAUGCUCUAUAAGACGCUUAGUACCUUAUAUAUUACUAUAGAAAUACCUAUUUGAGAGUAAGAUUCUAGUUUAAGGCAUAGUAUGUAAAAUACAAAUUUAUACUGCCAUAUUAUGCGAAUUUAAAGUUCAUCAAUAAAUUCUUCCAACCUAAA